GCUGCCUCCAGGGAGGAGAACUUAACCCUAUACGAGCUGCAGUGACUGACAGUGGGGCCUGGGCUUAGACGUUUAUCAUUGAAGCAAAUAAUCCUCUUCUGCUCCUGUCAGCCCCGCCUCCUCCACACUAUCAGCUCCCAACCAAUCACAAGCCGCAGGGGGCGGGCAGACGUAGUUUACACGGAUUGGCCAAUUCAUAGCGGCGAACAAACGGGCAAGAUAUGUCGGCUUAGUGAUAUUGAGCGAUAUUCUCCUGUAAUGUUGGAGGAAUAUGUGAAGGACACACGUCAUGAAGUGCAGCGGGACUAAUAGGGGCGGAGCCAGAGGGACGCGUAGCUACCUGACGUGUGAGUGAGGAGGCGGGCGCAGCAAGGAAGACGAGGCUAGGAUAAUGCUGGAACGCGGAAGUGGGCGAGCAGGUUGCGGUUCAGGGUGGAAAGGGAAGUAAAUAAAAGGUUGGCUGAGGAGGAGCGGUGCAUGCUGGGAGCCGGGGAUUCCCCAACACGAGGAAGCCGAGAGGAAGGAGCCAGACAGAAGCGAAUUCUCCAUUUCUUCUCCCGGUACCGACAGUGAUCCCCCUGCUGCCUCCAAAAUGGAACCUUCCUCUGAGACCGGCAUGGAGCCCCCCCUCAGCCAGGAGACAUUCGAGGAUCUGUGGAGUCUGUUGCCGGACCCCCUGCAGACUGGGACGUGCCGGCUGGACAACCUGCCAGAGUUUCCAGACUAUUCUCUGGCUCCAGACAUGACGGUGCUACAGGAGGGGCUUAUGGUUAAUGCUGUUCCCACGGUGACUUCGGCUGCUGUCCCCUCAACUGAGGAUUAUGCUGGGAGUUAUGGGCUGAAACUGGAGUUCCAACAGAACGGAACCGCAAAGUCUGUUACCUGCACGUACUCCCCAGAGCUCAACAAACUCUUCUGCCAGUUGGCCAAGACUUGCCCUUUGUUGGUGCGUGUGGCCACCCCCCCGCCGUGCGGCUCCAUUCUCCGGGCUACGGCCGUGUACAAGAAGUCUGAGCAUGUGGCUGAGCUGGUGAAGAGAUGCCCCCACCAUGAGCGCAGCGUGGAGCCCACCGACGAUGCUGCCCCCCCCAGUCACCUGAUGCGAGUGGAGGGGAACCCCCAGGCUUAUUAUGAGGAGGAUGCUGGUAGCGGACGCCAUAGUGUGUGUGUGCCGUAUGAGGGGCCUCAGGUUGGAACGGAAUGUACAACAGUUCUGUACAAUUAUAUGUGUAACAGCUCCUGUAUGGGAGGGAUGAACCGCCGGCCCAUUCUCACCAUCAUCACCCUCGAGACCCCACAGGGGCUGCUUCUGGGCCGGCGCUGUUUUGAGGUGCGAGUUUGCGCCUGUCCCGGGAGGGAUCGUCGUACAGAGGAACAAAAUGACAUGAAGAAGAGGGGCCUGAAAGCCAAUGGGAAGAGAGAGCUCCCUCACUCACCCUCCACUCAAGCUCCACUUCCUAAGAAGCGGCUCGUUGUCGUUGAUGAUGAUGAAGAGAUCUUCACUUUACGGAUCAAGGGGCGCAGCCGCUAUGAGAUGAUUAAGAAACUGAAUGACGCACUUGAAUUACAGGAGAGUCUGGAUCAGCAGAAAGUGACCAUAAAGUGCCGCAAGUGCCGGGAUGAAAUGAAACCCAAGAAGGGGAAGAAGCUGCUGGUUAAAGAGCCCGACUCUGAAUGAGGACCCCACAAUGAACAUAACGGGGGGAUAUCGGUGGCCGGUUCUCCAAUCAUUUUUUUUCUUUAAGCUGUGCCCCUCCUUUUAAUUAGAUUAGAGGUUUCCUAUUGCCUGUGGGGGCACCCAAUAUGUUUACCCACUUAGUCAUUAAUGGUUUGGGGGGCUCCAUUCCACUAUUAACCCUUUAUAGGUUCAUUGUAAGAUAUGGGGGUACAGUCUAAAAGGAAAUGAAGGGAAACAAAUGUCCUGUCUGAGCAGAAGUGCAUGUGGUCCCAGUGCAUUAUGGGAGCCUAAGCUCUGUACUUCAUGGAUUGCAACCCAGUCCGACUAGAGGCAAUUGGAGGCUGACUGGUACCUUUCCAUUAUGAGAGGGGGGCAUAAUACUGCCCCUCCAGCUGAGUACAGGGUGUAUGUUUCCCCAAUUACAGUAUGAGAUGCUUGUCUCCCAGUAUGGCGGAACUAUGGGCCCAAUGUUUGCUAUUCACUCUGCUCGGGGCCACAUACACUGGGGGGGCUAUGGAGCUGACCUACUUCCUGCAUGUAAAUGUCACUCUCGCCUCUGGGGGUGCUACAGAGCUCAGGAAGUUGCCUUGCUCUAGGGACACUAGAGGGAGGACCAGAAAGGGCCCCGGGGACACUAGAGGAGGACUAGAAGGGCCCCGGGGACACUAGAGGAGGACUAGAAGGGACCCCGGGGACACUAGAGGAGGACUAGAAGGGACCCCGGGGACACUAGAGGAGGACUGGAAGGGACCCUGGGGACACUAGAGGAGGGCUAGAAGGGACCCCGGGGACACUAGAGGAGGGCUAGAAGGGACCCCGGGGACACUAGAGGAGGACUAGAAGGGACCCCGGGGACACUAGAGGAGGACUAGAAGGGACCCCGGGGACACUAGAGGAGGACUGGAAGGGACCCCGGGGACACUAGAGGAGGACUGGAAGGGACCCCGGGGACACUAGAGGAGGGCUAGAAGGGACCCCGGGGACACGAGAGGAGGGCUAGAAGGGACCCCGGGGACACGAGAGGAGGGCUAGAAGGGACCCCGGGGACACGAGAGGAGGGCUAGAAGGGACCCCGGGGACACGAGAGGAGGACUAGAAGGGACCCUGGGGACACUAGAGGAGGACUAGAAGGGACCCUAGGGACAUUAGAGAAGAGACUCUGGGGACACUAGAGGAGGUCUAGAAGGGACCCUGGGGACAUUAGAGGAGGACUGGAAGGGACACUAGAGGAGGACUGGAAGGGACCCUGGGGACAUUAGAGAAGGGACCCUGGGGACACUAGAGGAGGACUGGAAGGGACCCCGGGGACACUAGAGGAGGACUGGAAGGGACCCCGGGGACACGAGAGGAGGGCUAGAAGGGACCCCGGGGACACGAGAGGAGGACUAGAAGGGAUCCUGGGGACACGAGAGGAGGGCUAGAAGGGACCCUGGGGACACGAGAGGAGGACUAGAAGGGAUCCUGGGGACACUAGAGGAGGACUAGAAGGAACCCUGGGGACAUUAGAGAAGAGACUCUGGGGACACUAGAGGAGGUCUAGAAGGGACCCUGGGGACACUAGAGGAGGACUGGAAGGGACCCUGGGGACAUUAGAGAAGGGACCCUAGGGACACUAGAGGAGGACUGGAAGGGACCCCGGGGACACUAGAGGAGGACUGGAAGGGACCCCGGGGACACUAGAGGAGGACUGGAAGGGACCCCGGGGACACUAGAGGAGGGCUAGAAGGGACCCUGGGGACACGAGAGGAGGACUAGAAGGGACCCUGGGGACAUUAGAGAAGGGACCCUGGGGACAUUAGAGGAGGACUAGAAAAGACCUCGGGGACACUAGAGGGAGGAUUAGAAAGGACCUGAAUCCGGUUCCAGAUAAAAAUGUUGCUUUAAUCUUUGAUCAUGAUUCAAUUACUGGGCACCCCCAAAUCUGCCCUCGUCUCCCACUAGACUUCCCUUCUACUAACACUCACUGCCAUGGAAAUUUUGUAUUUUUUUUUUAAUAAAAUUUUUAUGAAUCUA